CGCGUCGUUCGCGGAAGAAGACAGGAUCAGUGACAGGACAGGAGCCUGGAGCGGUUUGACGUGUCGCGUAACGGAGCAUCCAAGGAGCGUCGGGGGGGCGGUGUUGAAUGGGGAAUAUGUUGGACACCCGCCUCGAGACGUACAAAUUAAUAACUGCUGCAGCGUAAUUCAGUAUAUCGCUGCACAUCUGACCGUCCGCUGUGUUGUUUAUUCAAAUGCGGCGACUUACUUCACGGCUUGCGAAGUAAAUGAUAAUAAAACGGUGCGAAGCAUGAGAAGCAGUACCCAAGAAGCUGCAUGCAAAUUGAAAAAUGCGACGACCUCGAAGACGAGGGAAAAGGAAGAGAGUGCGACAGACUGGUGGCUUAUGUUCGGAGGUAUAACUGUGCUUACCUUAAUCACCAGAUUUUACAAAGUCACAGAACCUCAGCAUGUGUGUUGGGACGAAACACACUUUGGCAAAAUGGGCAGUUGGUACAUAAACAGGACGUUCUUCUUCGACGUGCAUCCACCUUUGGGAAAGAUGCUUAUUGCUUUGUCCGGGUACAUGACUGGCUAUGAUGGAGCGUUUGCCUUUGAAAAACCAGGAGAUAAAUUCGAAAAUGUCAAUUACGUUGGCAUGAGAAUUUUCUGCACAAUUCUGGGCGCAACCACAGUCCCUCUGUCGUAUCUUAUUGUAUGGGACCUCACCAAGUCGAUUCGCGCCUCUGCGCUUGCUGCCUUCUUCAUCUUGUGCGACGUAGGACUGUUGACGUUGAAUCAGUAUAUCCUGCUGGAUCCCAUAUUACUGUGUUUUAUGAUGUGUGCGACAUGGGGCAUGGCGCGGGUAGCGUCGCUCCGAGAUCGACCGUUCACGCGGACCUGGUGGUCGUGGUUGUCGUUCACCGGUGCCUCGCUCGCGUGCACGAUCAGCGUGAAAUUCGUCGGCCUCUUUGUCGUCCUACUCGUGGGUCUUUACACCGCGUACGAGCUCUGGCGAGAAUUGGGUGAUCUAUCCAAGCCUAUUUCUUAUGUGGGGAAACAUUUGUUAGCAAGGUGCUUUUGCCUCAUCCUAUUACCGGUUUUACUUUACAUGCUAUUUUUUUACAUUCAUCUUUCCGUUUUAAACAAAAGCGGAAGUGGCGAUGGGUUCUACAGUUCCGAAUUUCAGUCGCUGUUACGCGGAAAUUCGUUGUAUAACGCGACGAUGCCGCGACAGUUAGCGUACGGCGCCACUAUCACGUUAAAAAAUCAUCGCACAGGUGGCGGUUAUUUGCAUUCCCACUGGCAUUUGUAUCCCGAAGGAGUCGGCGCUCGGCAGCAACAGAUCACGACCUAUUCUCACAAGGACGAUAACAAUCUCUGGCUGGUGAAGAAAUUCGACACGGACGUGAUACCGCCGGAGCCAGAAUUGGUUAAACACGGCGACCUCGUGCGACUGGAGCAUGUUACGACGAGACGGAAUUUACACUCGCACAAGGAGAUCGCGCCGAUAUCGAAGAAGCACUAUCAGGUCACCGGAUACGGGGAGAACGGCACGGGCGACGCUAACGAUGUUUGGAAACUGUUGAUAACGAACGGAAGGGACGGCGACGUGGUGGAGACGGUGACGAGUAAGUUAAAGUUCGUGCAUUACCUUCAUCAUUGCGUGCUAACGUGUAGCGGCAAAACGUUGCCGAAAUGGGGAUACAGCCAACAAGAGGUAUCCUGCAACCCUAACAUGAGGGACAAAAAUGGAUUGUGGAACAUCGAGGACAAUCAGUACGCCAAACUACCAAACGUCAGUUUUCGAGUGUACGCGCCAGGCUUCCUCGACAGAUUCCUGGAGUCGCAUGCCGUGAUGCUGCAAGGCAAUUCGGAUUUGAAAGUGAAGGAAGGUGAGGUGUCCUCGCGACCGUGGCAGUGGCCUAUAAACUACAGGGGGCAAUUCUUCUCCGGGAACAAUCAAAGGAUAUAUCUGCUCGGCAAUCCCAUCAUUUGGUGGGGGAACAUAGUCUUCCUCGUAAUAUUUAUAGCUCUCUACGUUCACGCUUCCGUGCGCGAGCAACGGGACUGUGCCGACGAUGCCCUUCUGCUCGAGCACAGAAGCAAAAUAACGCACGCCGGCAAGUGGCUCUUCCUCGGAUGGAUCCUGCACUACGUGCCCUUCUGGGCGAUGACCAGGGUCCUGUACUUCCAUCACUACUUCCCGGCGCUGUUGUAUAGUUCCAUGCUGACCGGGAUCACGUUGAAUCACGUCAUUGAGGGCAUUCUGCUGCUGCUGCCCGGCAAGGUGGGGAAUACGAUGUACCAUGUCGCGUUGGGCACCGUAAUCUCCGGCACUAUGUACAGCUUUUAUCUGUUCUCGCCAUUGGCUUACGGGAUGGACGGUCCGUCCGCCAUGGAUCCCGACAGCUCGAUGCACUCUUUAAGGUGGAUGGAAUCUUGGGAAUUUUGAAAUCCGAUUUUAAUCAGCGCAACAUAAAAGUAUUUUAUAUAUGUUUCGCUGUAUAAUUAGUAAUACAGUAUCUUUUACACUGUGCUACUAUAAGAACACUAACUUAGAUCGUCGACAAUGACUGAGAUAUUAGAAAAUGCUCAUUUUUAUUAAUGUUAUUAAUAUUAUUUCUACAAAUUAUACAUAACGUUUUACAAUGUUUUAUACUUUUUACAAUUUGUUCGUGCAGCAUUAAAUUGAUUUCAUAGUACAA